GGAGGGGCGGCGGCGCGAGCGACGGCGGCGGCGGUUCCAGCAUGAAGAGGAGAGCUGGCCUGGGGGGCAGCAUGAGGUCAGUGGUGGGCUUCUUGUCCCAGCGGGGCUUGCAUGGGGACCCCCUGCUCACUCAGGACUUUCAGAGGAGACGCCUGCGGGGCUGCAGAAACCUCUACAAGAAGGACCUCCUCGGCCACUUCGGCUGUGUCAAUGCCAUUGAAUUCUCCAACAAUGGAGGCCAGUGGCUGGUCUCAGGAGGAGAUGACCGCCGGGUUCUGCUAUGGCACAUGGAACAAGCUAUCCACUCGAGAGUCAAGCCCAUACAGCUGAAAGGAGAGCACCAUUCCAACAUUUUUUGCCUGGCUUUCAACAGUGGGAACACCAAAGUAUUCUCUGGAGGAAAUGAUGAGCAAGUUAUCCUCCAUGAUGUUGAAAGCAGCGAGACCUUGGAUGUGUUUGCUCACGAAGAUGCAGUAUAUGGCUUAUCAGUGAGCCCAGUGAAUGACAACAUUUUUGCCAGCUCCUCAGAUGAUGGCCGGGUUCUCAUCUGGGACAUCCGGGAGUCCCCCCAUGGAGAGCCCUUCUGCCUGGCAAACUAUCCAUCAGCCUUUCACAGUGUCAUGUUUAACCCUGUGGAGCCCAGGUUAUUGGCCACAGCCAAUUCAAAGGAAGGAGUGGGACUCUGGGAUAUUCGAAAACCUCAGAGUUCUCUCCUGCGCUACGGUGGCAACCUGUCCCUCCAGAGCGCCAUGAGUGUGCGGUUCAACAGCAACGGGACGCAGCUCCUGGCCCUGAGGCGUCGCCUGCCCCCUGUGCUCUACGACAUCCACUCCCGCCUGCCUGUGUUCCAGUUCGACAAUCAGGGUUACUUCAACUCUUGUACCAUGAAAAGUUGCUGCUUUGCAGGGGAUCGUGACCAGUAUAUCCUUUCAGGCUCUGAUGACUUUAACCUGUACAUGUGGAGAAUUCCUGCAGAUCCAGAAGCAGGUGGCAUUGGUAGGGUGGUCAACGGAGCCUUCAUGGUGCUGAAAGGGCAUCGGUCUAUUGUUAACCAGGUCCGAUUUAACCCUCACACCUACAUGAUCUGCUCUUCUGGUGUAGAAAAGAUUAUCAAGAUCUGGAGCCCAUACAAGCAGCCAGGGUGUACAGGAGACCUCGACGGUCGGAUUGAGGAUGAUUCCCGCUGCCUCUACACCCACGAGGAGUACAUCAGCCUUGUGCUGAACAGUGGGAGUGGCCUGUCACAUGACUAUGCCAACCAGUCUGUGCAGGAAGACCCCCGGAUGAUGGCCUUCUUUGACUCCUUGGUGCGCCGUGAGAUUGAGGGCUGGAGCUCUGACUCCGACAGCGACCUCAGUGAGAGCACUAUCCUCCAGCUGCAUGCGGGGGUCAGCGAGCGCUCGGGCUACACUGACUCAGAGUCCUCGGCCUCGCUGCCCCGCUCCCCUCCACCCACAGUGGACGAGAAUGCCGACAGCGCCUUCCAUCUGGGGCCCCUGAGGGUCACCACCACCAACGCCGUGGCGUCACCUCCACUGCCGCCCACAUGCGAGGAUGCAGCUUCUCGCCAGCAGCGCCUGUCUGCCCUGCGGCGCUACCAGGACAAACGCCUCCUGGCCCUCUCCAACGAGUCUGACUCGGAAGAGAACGCCUGCGAGGUUGAACUGGACACAGAUCUCUUCCCCCGGCCACGGUCCCCCAGCCCCGAGGACGAGUCUAGCAGCUCCAGCAGCUCCAGCAGCUCUGAGGACGAGGAGGAGCUGAACGAGCGCCGAGCCUCCACGCGGCAGCGGAAUGCCAUGCGGCGCCGACAGAAGCCACCCCGGGAAGAGAGGCCUGCUCCUGCCAGCAAGCCCGCCAACACCUACAUUGGCGAAGACAACUAUGAUUACCCCCAGAUCAAAGUGGAUGACCUCUCCUCCUCCCCGACGUCCUCCCCUGAGCGGGGCACAUCCACCCUGGAGAUUCAGCCGAGCCGGGCCUCGCCAACCUCUGACAUAGAGUCAGUUGAGCGAAAAAUUUAUAAAGCUUACAAGUGGCUCCGCUACUCCUAUAUCUCCUACUCAAAUAACAAAGACGGAGAGAGCUCCCUCGUGGCUGGGGAGGCAGACGAAGGGAGAGCUGGAACCAGCCACAAGGACAGCCCAGCCCCUUCUUCCAGUAAGGAAGCCUGUCUAAACAUGACCAUAGCCCAGAGGAACCAGGACCUGCCCCCUGAAGGUCGCAGCAAGGACGCUUUUAAAGAAGGGACUUCUGCGAGAAAUCCCAGCAAUGGCCCAGGCCAUGAGCACAGCAGCCACCCUUGGGCAGAGGCGCCAGAGGACCCCUCACAGGACACUAACAAUGGUAGCUCUGUAGAACAUGCUUUCGAAACCAAGAAGCUCAAUGGAAAGGCCCUGAGCAAGGCCCUAAGCAGCCGGGCUGAGGAGCCGCCCUCUCCUCCUGUCCCCAAGGCAUCUGGCUCCACUCUCAGCAGUGGGUCUGGCAGCUGUCCCAGGACCCAGUCUGAUGACAGUGAGGAGAGGAGCCUCGAAACCAUCUGUGCCAACCACAACAAUGGACGCUUACACCCCCGCCCCCCUCAUCCCCACAACAAUGGGCAGAACUUCGGGGAGCUGGAGGCAGUGACCUGCUCUUCCCCAGGACAUUCGGACACUGACCACGAUAACCUGUCCCUGACAGGGACACUCCUACACAAAGAUUGUUGUGGGUCUGAAAUGGCCUGUGAGACCCCCAGUGCUGGAACGAGAGAGGACCUCACUGACCCCCCAGACACAGACAGCAGCAGGGCUGUUCAUGGCCCUAGUGGCCUCAAAAGGCACCGAGUCGAAUUGGAAGAUACAGAUUCAGAGAAUUCUUCCUCAGAGAAGAAAUUAAAAACAUGAUAAAUACAAAGGGAAAACAAAAAGCUAUGAAAAGUAGCUUUACAAAGAAAAUUUUUAAUCCUGUUUAGUGAACACAGAGGAAAGGAAAAAAAGUAUUAAAGGCACAUAAAACCAGGGCCUGAAAUUUUGUGUCUGAUGCUGCUCCCUUCUAUUCAAUAAUGGGUCUGAAUGUUUAGUUGGCCACUGGCUUGUGCUACGUAAGGAGAGGGGGAAAAUGUCCAAGUGACUCCUUUCUAGUAAGACUUGAGCAUCGCGUACCUGUGCGUUUUGUUAAAGUAAAUCCUUGUUGAGACA